UGAAAUCCAAAGAACAUCUCAUGCUUGAGCAAUGCACAGUGGAAGAACAAUUAGAAAUUUCGCAAAGCAAAGAAGGAAUGAGGAGAAUGACAGGGUGCAACUGUAGAACUAGAGGAUCUCUCCACCGGAGAAGACCAACUAUUUUCUCUCUCACAAGCAUCACAUGCCCAUGCAAACUGCUUGAGACCCCUUUCCCUGUGUUUAGUAAUCUACAUCACAAAGCCCUCUUCUCCCACUCAUCCAUGUUCGACAGUCUCUCAGCUCUUCCCGACUAGAAUCUUCCCCCAUGGGAGUAGCGUAAGCCUCAUAAUUCCCUCUCCUCCUCCUCAAACAAUUAAUCUCUCGGAUCCAAAUUCCACUCACUCAUUUGUGUUCUCUUAACAAAAUUCAACCAAGACAAAACAAAGAGAGAGCUUUUGUCGUGUUAAUGGAGGUUUCAUGUAUUUAUAUGACGUUUCGAGUGUUGGGUCUGCGACUGUAUUGAAAUGCAAGAGUUAAUGUACUAUUUCCUGCACAUAGUCGAAAGUUCUUUCGAGGGUGAUGAUUGAAGACGAGAAAGAAGUGGUUCGAUCCUUCUUCCUGAUGUUCAAAUGAUCACAAGAGAGGUUCUCUGAGCAAACGCAGAAUCUGAUCGGUCCAGGACUUUGCAACUCCACAGCUCCAAGUAGGCGCAAAGUCUCUGUCCAGGUCUUCAGAGAUUUCUGCAACGACAUUUUGCUUGAUCCUUUUUCCUGGAGUGGAGCAAGAGGAGAUUGGAGAAGCUUAAGCUACCUGCAAAGCUGCUGAACAUGUUCGCCAAAGAAAACCCAGACCUGCAGAAGAAAAUUGGAUGCGCAACGGGGAUCCUUCAGAUGUUUGACCGCCACCAUUUCCUCACUGGGAGGCACCUCAAUGAUCACAACCACAAGAAGCUUCUUUCAGGCUAUGGUCUCCAAAGCAGCAGAGAGUCAGAGCAAACUGCAUGCUUCUCACAGAUUCUUCAGGUACUUUUCCAGUCUCGGAACAGUCACUACAAUGUUUUGUUCUGUCUCGACAUCACUGAUGGAUACGAGUUCACCAUGCAGGAGAAGAAACUAAGCAAGAACUUGAAGGGGAACCGGAGAGUUCCCAUGGAAUCCUCAUUGGCUUCUUUUUCCUCUUCAUCCAGCUCAUCCUUCUCUUCCCAUGAAUACAAGAAAUCAUCUCAACGAGAGGCCUUCGAUAGAACGUUCUUCCCAGAGAGGUCACUCGAGAAUUCACCGAUGUUUAGGAAUUCCCAGAGACGUCUGUCGAUGGACUCCCAAGAUUACUGCAAGUCUGCUGCCAGACUUGGAGAGAUCCCGAGACUGUCACUGGAAAGCAGGGAAAGUUUACUGAGGAGUUCUAACUUUGGUACAGAUACCAGUUUGUUCUUGGGGGACUUGGACAGAACUAAGACGACUCCAAGAGUCUCCAAGGCUUCCGAUCUGCUUCAGGAUCGAAGUCGUCAAGUACGACACCCCAGUGUUGUGGCAAAGCUCAUGGGAUUGGAUAAGAUGCCCGAGUUGAAUCCAGCAGCUGCAAGAAAAGACUGUGUUCCUUUCCAUGAACCAAGACCCAAAGGAAUUCGGGGUGCAAGAAGCGAUCAAUCUCCCCGCUCAGUUCAAAGCAGAGAUUUGAAUCUCGAUAGAUUGCUAAAACUCAAUUCAAGUAUCAUGACUGAUCAGAUGCAGCAGCAGACUGAACCCAUCUACAAAAGAGUGGAGGGCAGGAUCAAAGAUAAGGACCUCAGGGCUCUCAAACAAAUGGUACACGCCAUGCGUGAGAAAAGGCUUGCACAGACCAAGAAAAGGAAUGGCCACACUUGCAAGACUUCACCGCCGGAAGAUGAUGCAGAUCGUACCCCGACACGAAGCAAUCCGAGUCCGAGGUCGCCCAAGGCCCGGAAACAACCAGCGAAAGCAGGUGGUGCUCCAAAAUCCUUGGAGCCGCCAAUUGCAAUCAUGAAGUCCGAAAUGUCACCUGGAGCUCGUGACUCGGUUCUGCUUGAAGGUCUACCGACUCCUGCGAAGCUGCGUACAGGUAGCACAGACGAUAGAAGAAGAGCUUCUGCAAACAACCACGGCGACAGAGACCACACUCCCAGAGUCAGACUCCGGGAGACAGAUAAGCAAUUCAGUAGAAGGGCUACGCUUCGUUCAAAUCAAACACAGGGUAUAUCGAAGUCCCAGCAAUCUCUUGGAACCACUCUGAACCCGAAACUACAGCAGAGAAGAAAGGAAGCAGAGAAGAAAUCAUGCCCACCUACUCCAUACUUGAGCAAGGCCCAAGCUCAGUCCACCAACAGGCAAACACUUGAGUCAGUUUCUCCAAGAAGCAAACCAAGGCUGAAACAAUCUCAAGUACGAAAAAACAAAGACCAGAUUGAUGACAGUAUCCGUGAGAUGAGGGGUCUCCGGUGCAGGGAUGAUGAAGUUUCUCCAUGUUCUUACAAAAGUAGGAGCUCGGCAUCGCAGUCAGCUGUCUUGCAGCAACAUAUAGAGAGCCCAUCAAGCAGGGCUGCCCACAACCCAGCGUUGGUCUUGAACCAGAAGGAGCUCACAAAUAUUGAUGCCAUGCAUAACCCAGAUCACAAAUAUGUGACUGAGAUGCUACUGGCAACAGGAUUUCUGAACAAAGACUUCCGAUUUGGACAGGCGAGCUCUGUUCCAUUUCAGCGACUGUCAUCAGACCAAGCUAUCAACCCUGACUCGUUCUCUGUUCUUGAGCAACCAAAGCAUGACUGUCCCUCCAACAAUGACCGGAGAAACCACAGGAAGCUUGUUUUCGAUGUGGUAAAUGAGAUUCUAGCUCACAAGAUGGAAUCGUUCUCCAACGGAUUGCUUCAGACAAGGAAACCAAGUGGCCAACAUUUACUAGCAGAACUGUGCUCCGAGAUCGAACGGCUUCAAGCUGAGAGCACAAGGUCUACGAGCUCGGAGGAUGAUGUCAAUUACAUUUCCGGGAAGGAAGUUCUUCAUCGAUCCGAGUGGGUUGACUUCGACAUGGAGCAACCAAGAGUGGCUUUGGAGAUCGAGAAGCUGAUAUCUGAAGAUUUGAUCCAUGAAACUGUAAGCGAUGCAACUGAGGCUGUUCUCCGGGUCAAGACAGGUAAGCUAAGAAGACAGCAAUCUGCCCAAUGACUCCAUCUCCUCUUUACUGUUGCCAGAAGUAUAUGAGCAGAUAGUGACUAGUAAUAAAUAGCUUUAUCCAUUUACAAAUCUCGUGCAAACAUUGGAUUUGCUCUCUUACCAUGGAAGGUUGAUAUGUCACAGGUUUGAUCCUCCCAAGGCUUG